CCAGGAUGGUGGACGUGGAAAGCGAAGUCCCCCCGCUCCCUCCCAGGUACAGGUUCCGAGAUCUGUUGCUGGGAGAUCAGGGAUGGCAGAACGACGACAGGGUGCAAGUUGAAUUCUACAUGAAUGAAAAUACUUUCAAGGAGAGGCUGAAGCUAUUUUUCAUCAAAAACCAAAGAUCAAGCCUCAGAAUACGCUUGUUCAAUUUUUCACUCAAGCUGCUAAGUUGUUUCUUGUAUAUAGUUCGGGUGCUCUUGGAUGACCCUUCUCGAGAACAUGGAUGCAAGGAAUUAAACCGGGCUUGUUCCAAUCAAAACUACACUCCUGCAGCAAUAGAUUGGAGGCCUAUAAUUUGGGUGAACAGAAGCUUACCAUUAUGGGGACUGCAGGUGUCGGUGGCUGUGAUAAGUCUAUUGGAAACUAUACUUCUGAGCUAUCUAAGCUAUAAAGGAAACAUGUGGGAACAAGUUUUGCGGAUUCCCUUCCUGUUGGAAAUUAUCAAUGCAAUUCCUUUCAUUAUUACAAUUUUUUGGCCUUCAUUAAGAAACUUAUUCAUUCCAGUAUUUUUAAAUUGUUGGCUUGCCAAGCAUGCUUUGGAGAAUAUGAUUAAUGACCUCCAUAGAGCUAUCCAGCGCACACAAUCUGCAAUGUUCAACCAAGUUCUGAUUUUAAUAUCUACAUUACUGUGUCUUAUCUUUACCUGUAUUUGUGGAAUUCAGCAUCUGGAGCGAGCAGGAAACAAGUUGACUCUCUUUGACUCCCUUUAUUUCUGCAUAGUGACAUUUUCCACUGUGGGCUUUGGGGAUGUUACUCCUAAGAUCUGGCCUUCCAAACUGCUGGUUGUCAUUAUGAUCUGUGUUGCUCUUGUGGUGUUACCAAUACAGUUUGAGCAGCUGGCUUAUUUGUGGAUGGAAAGGCAAAAAUCAGGUGGAAAUUAUAGUCGACACAGAGCUCAGACUGAAAAGCAUGUCGUAUUGUGCGUGAGUUCUCUGAAGAUUGACCUGCUCAUGGAUUUCCUAAACGAAUUCUACGCUCACCCUAGGCUCCAAGACUACUAUGUGGUUAUCUUAUGCCCCACUGAGAUGGAUGCUCAGGUUCGAAGAGUGUUACAAAUUCCAAUGUGGUCCCAAAGAGUUAUCUAUCUGCAGGGUUCAGCACUGAAAGAUCAGGAUCUCCUGAGAGCUAAGAUGGAUGACGCUGAGGCCUGUUUCAUUUUAAGUAGCCGCUGUGAAGUGGACAGGACGGCAGCCGAUCAUCAAACAAUUUUAAGAGCGUGGGCAGUUAAAGAUUUUGCACCGAAUUGUCCUCUGUAUGUGCAGAUACUGAAACCUGAAAAUAAGUUCCACAUCAAAUUUGCAGAUCAUGUUGUAUGCGAGGAGGAAUUCAAAUAUGCAAUGCUAGCUUUAAACUGUAUUUGCCCAGCUACAUCCACGCUCAUCACUCUGUUAGUUCAUACAUCAAGAGGGCAGGAGGGCCAACAAUCACCUGAACAGUGGCAGAAAAUGUACGGCAGAUGCUCUGGUAAUGAAGUGUAUCACAUUAACCUGGAGGAGAGUGUGUUUUUUGCUGAAUAUGAGGGAAAGAGUUUCACAUAUGCAUCUUUCCAUGCACACAAAAAGUUUGGUGUCUGUUUAAUCGGUGUUAGGAGGGAAGACAACAAAAAUAUUUUGCUGAACCCAGGGCCUCGCUAUAUUAUGAGCCCUUCAGACAUAUGCUUCUAUAUCAACAUAACAAAAGAAGAAAAUUCAGCAUUUAAGAAGCAAGAACAGCAGAGGAAAAAUCACUCAUCCAGAUCCUUCUACCAUGGCCCUUCUCGUUUGCCAGUGCACAGCAUAAUUGCUAGCAUGGGUACUGUGGCUAUAGAUUUGCAAGAUACAGGGUGCAGAUCUUCCAGUGGGGCUACCCUGACACUUCCUUCAGAGGCUGGAAAAGAAGUCCGAAGGCCUAGCAUAGCACCCGUUUUGGAGGUUGCUGAUUCUUCAGCACUUCAUACCUGUGACCUCUUAAGUGACCAGUCAGAAGAUGAAGCAACUCCCUCAGAUGAAGAAGUUUCUAAUGGCCUAGAGUAUCUGAAAGGCUAUCCCCCUUACUCCCCGUAUAUAGGAAGUUCUCCCACAUUUUGCCAUUUGCUUCAUGAAAAAGUGCAAUUUUGCUGUUUAAGGUUAGAUAAGGGGUGUCAGCAUAAUUAUUACGAAGAUGCCAAAGCCUACGGAUUCAAAAACAAAAUCAUUAUUGUGGCUGCAGAGACUGCUGGGAAUGGCCUCUACAACUUUAUAGUUCCUCUCAGGGCUUAUUACAGACCAAAGAAGGAGCUCAAUCCAAUAGUCUUAUUGCUGGAUAAUCCGCCAGAUGUGCAUUUUCUGGAUGCAAUCUGUUGGUUUCCAAUGGUUUACUAUAUGGUGGGCUCUAUUGACAACCUAGAUGAUUUGCUAAGGUGCGGCGUGACCUUUGCUGCCAAUGUGGUGGUGGUGGAUAAGGAAAGCACCAUGAGUGCAGAAGAAGACUACAUGGCAGAUGCGAAGACCAUUGUAAAUGUACAAACCCUCUUUAGGUUGUUCUCCAGUUUAAGCAUCAUCACCGAAUUAACUCAUCCGGCCAAUAUGAGAUUCAUGCAAUUCAGGGCUAAAGACUGCUAUUCGUUUGCACUGUCAAAACUAGAGAAGAAAGAACGAGAGAAAGGAUCCAAUCUGGCAUUCAUGUUUCGACUGCCCUUUGCUGCUGGCAGAGUUUUCAGUAUCAGCAUGCUGGACACCCUGCUGUAUCAGUCAUUUGUUAAAGAUUACAUGAUCUCUAUUGCAAGACUUCUGCUAGGACUCGAUACCACACCAGGAUCUGGGUUUCUUUGUUCUAUGAAAAUCACAGAAGAUGAUUUGUGGAUCAGAACCUAUGCCAGACUUUAUCAGAAGCUUUGUUCUUCUACAGGAGAUGUUCCUAUUGGAAUUUAUAGAACUGAAUCACACAAACUAACCACAUCUGAGUCUCGAGAAAUGGCUUCACAAUCUCAAAUAUCUAUCAGUGUGGAAGAAUGGGAGGACACCAAGGAUAAUAAAGACCAGUUUAACUACCGUAGCAACCAUCGUAACUCAACCUCCAGCGAUCAGUCAGAUCAUCCCUUGUUAAGACGAAAAAGUAUGCAGUGGGCUCGACGGUUGAGCCGAAAAGCGCCAAAACACUCUGCAAAAACCGCAGAGAAAAUAAGUCAACAGCGAAUGAAUCUUUACAGAAGGUCAGAAAGACAGGAACUUGCUGAACUGGUGAAAAACAGAAUGAAACAUCUGGGACUUUCAACAGCAGGAUAUGAUGAAAUGAAUGAUCAUCAGAACACCCUAUCUUAUAUCCUGAUCAAUCCUUCACCAGACACACGGCUAGAACUGAAUGAUAUUGUAUACUUGAUCCGCCCAGAUCCAUUGUCCUACGUUCCAAAUAGCGCCUCCAGCAGGACAGACAGCUUCUGUAAUGCCAUUGGACAAGACACCAGAGAGGAAACACAGCUUUGAUACAUCAUACAGAUCAUGGAUGAAAAGACACUUUUUAUACAAAUAGCUGUUUUGAAA